AUGAUCAAGAGGAGGCAGAGAAAUGGGUCGUGCCCUGCCACGUUGAGCAAGCUUGGCACUCUUCUUCUCCUUUGCGCUGCCGGCUUCUCCCUAUUGCGAGCGCACAGUUCUCCGGCAAAUUGUGUUGCGACGCCGCAGGUAUUCAGGGAGCACGGGGUGCUGUAUGCAGCUCCUUAUGACCAUGAGGUUCGUGUAAAGAUCGGUUCCAUCACUGGACAGCGGAUUGGGGAUGCCAUACGCGCUGCACAAGAAGCCGUCGCACUUGAUGAGAACGCUGAAUUACCUGGCAUGUUCAAUUUCAUUUCACCGAGUUGGUGGCUGCGGCAACUCAACUGCGGGGGUAUCCAGGUGGAACGAUGUGCAUGGCAGCAUCUUGAGUUCGAGCGAGUGGAUGCAGACUAUGUCGUGAAGGAAGGUGACCGAGCCCGACUCAUGAUACAUGUUCACGAGCGCGCAGCGCCCGACGCUGAAAUUCCGAUAGUCUACGAGGAUCGCGAUUUCCUAGCCGUCUCCAAGCCCGCCUCAGUGGAUCUUACGAAAAACCCAGGUUAUGGCAGCGUGCGACUGUCUGUCCUCGGAAUGCUGGAAGAUAUGGGAUAUACCAACAUCUAUCCAGCUCAUCGGAUCGACAAGCCUGUAUCAGGAGUCCUUUGUCUCGGCAAGAACAAGAAAGCUUUGUCCCGGCUCAUGCGCUGCAUACGCAACCGUAAGGUGCAGAAGACGUACCUGGCACGUACCUUGGGUGGCCCAGAGGAGGGUGGCUUCAGAAUACAGGCGCCCUUGGAUGUCGUCCUGGACAACUCCACCAGCAAGAACGUGGCGGUGGCCUCUGCAUCGGGCAAGAGAGCGGAGAGCAUCAUCGAAGAUGUCUUCACCCGCCAUGGAGACAGCACGGCAACCCUUGGGGUACGCAUCCUCACGGGCAGGUACCACCAGGUCCGAUGCCAUUUGCAGCAUGCUGGGUGGCCCAUAGCAAAUGACCCGGUCUACGGAGGUGUUCCGCAGCUGGGGCAGGAGAUCUUCAACGGAACUCGGGCGAGGCAGAUGAUUGAGGAGCACCAGAUAGAGGGCUGCACAUCUUGUGAGUAUUUUCGGAAGGUCGUAACUGGAGUGGAGCCCUGUCCACGGCUGGAUCCGACUAUUUGGCUUCACAGCUGGCGGUACAACUUCCCUACCUUGGGGCUAUCUUUCGAAGCACCGCCACCUGAGUGGGCCGCCAUUGCCAGCCAAGCCCUCGAUCGUUUCGCCGACCUUCUCGCGGCGAUCUCGGAGCUGUUCUCCGACACGCAAACGGUAGCUUUCAACGGCGGAGCGCUCUUCUUCAACCUGCGAUACUUCAUCGAGGAGGGCAGGGGUUAG